AUGUCCGCCCUGAAAGUAUUCAUCUUCGUCGCCCUCUUCGCCGUGGCCUAUUGCGCCCCCAGUCCCGGCUUCUUUGGCAAACACGAGCACCACACGAUCCACGUGCCCUACAAGGUGCACACGGUGCACCACCACCACGUCCAGAAGGUCCACGUGCCGGUGGUGAAGCACGUGCCGGUGCCCAUCUACAAGGAGGUGCCCGUGCACCACGUCCACCACGAGGAGAUCCCCGUGCCGGUGCACCACGUCCACCACGAGGAGAUCCCGGUGCACCACGUCUUCGAUGACCACCACGGCUGGAGCUCCCACCACGGACACGGCUGGCUGUAA